CCUUCAGAAACUCAGCACCAGCAUUCAGCCUUCACACCGGAGCGCACUGACUGUCCAGGGAGGGAUGGACGCCUCUGCACCGGAGCAGGGGACUGCUGGCGUCUGUCGGCGGGGAGAGGAGCAGGCUGAAGGCGUGAGGAGGAGCAGGUGGAGGAAGACACAAGAGUCCGUUUCGAUUUAAUUCUUCAACCGGCAGGGUGAAGAGGUUCAGCAGUCUGCAGCCUGGCUGGCAGUGUAAUCCUCUUGCCGGGAGGAGCAGGGAAAGCCCUCUCCAGACUGAGCCGCAGAGACGAGCAGGGAUUAGAGCCGGACAGACGGGGAGAGUUCACUGGAGUGCUCGCUCUUUUUGGAGCUUUUGCCCUGCUGCUGCUGGAAGCUUAAUUGAACGAAGUGAUACAGACUGUGAUGAUCAUUCACACUUCACAUCAUGAGUGGACCAACAAAUGUUCAGUACCAGUCAGGUCUUUAUGGAGGAAACAACAACAGCAGCUCUCCUGUCUCCAGCCGUGGAAGUUCGCCCAUCGUGUGUGAGCGCUGUGGGGAGGUGUGUCGUGGGGAGGUGGUGCGCGUCAAAAACACACACUUCCAUGUUCAGUGCUUCACCUGCCAAGUGUGUGGCUGUGAUCUGGUGCACUCCGGUUUCUUCCAUCACUCUGGAGAGUACAUCUGCAGAGACUACCAGCGGCUCUACGGGACCCACUGUGACAGCUGCGACAAGUACAUCACUGGGGAGGUGGUUUCUGCCCUCGGGAGGACGUACCACCCACACUGCUUUGUGUGCAGCAUCUGCAGGAGUCCGUUCCCAAUCGGAGACAGGGUGACCUUCUGUGGGAAGAAGUGUGUGUGUCAGCAAUGCUCAUACACUCUGAAAAGCGACAAGCCCGUCAAGGUCCAUGGGCCAAGCUACUGUGCAGGCUGUGGUGAGGAGAUCAAACAGGGACAGUCCCUGCUGGCUCUGGAGAGACAGUGGCACGUCAGCUGCUUUAAAUGCCGAACGUGCGGCUGUCCGCUCACUGGAGAGUACAUCAGCAAAGAUGGGAUCCCUUACUGUGAGAGUGACUACCACACUCAGUUUGGGAUCAGGUGUGACAGCUGUAACCGGUACAUCAGCGGUAGAGUUCUUGAGGCUGGAGGGAAGCGUUACCACCCCAGCUGUGCCCGGUGUGCUCGCUGUCACAUGAUGUUCCUGGAAGGAGCGGAAAUGUACAUCACAGGUUCAGAGGUUUGGCACCCCAUGUGUAAAGAAGCUGCUCGACUGGAGAGGAAACUGAAGCUGAGGCGUACCUCGGAGACGGUGUCCAUUUCUUCUCCAGGCUCCUCUCCUCUCCUCGGCUCUCCUCACCGGCUAAUCUGUUCCAAAGCCGACGGCGAAGUUUUGGACUAUAAGCAGCUGGCGGCUCUGCCCCGAGUCAAAGCCAUCUAUGACAACCAGAGGCCUGACAUCAUCCCUUAUCAGGCGGACCAUGCACACACACACAUCUCUGAUGACACUUUGGAGAGAUACAGCUGCGUACAGUCAUUGGGCUCCUUAUCAGCCUACUCUCAUGAUCUCUUGGACUGCGUUGAGCUGAGGACGAGGCGUUCCUCCAGCUCUGCCUUCACUGAGUCUCCAGUACACAGUCGCCACGGAGGCUCCCCACUGCCUUACUAUCUCCCCGGCAGUGAGAGUGGCAGGAGUUCACCUUAUUACAGUCAGCCCAGGUGUACCACACCCACCACCACCUCCUUCCAAGCCCCAAAGCAUUUCCAUAUGCCAGAUUCUGAGGACACCAACAUAUACAGGAAACCACCCAUCUAUAAAAGAAAAGACAUAUCUGCCUCUCCGACAGUCUUUAAGAGUAAGACCAAUGAGAACCUCCUCAAUUCCAGUCGCCUUUCCACCUCCAACUGCAGCAGCAUUUAUCACCCGGACUCCAACUACUACCCAUAUACCGGCUCUCCAAAAGUCUCCAGGGUUAGGAGGUUCUCGGCCGGAGGAGAGGAGGACGGAUGGAAUCAAAAUAUAAACAAGGGAAUUGGCAGAAUGAUCCUGAAGGAGGAGAUGAAAGCGCGUUCAGGGUGUCAGGACAAUGACCAGUGGGGCAGCAGGCGCAGUUCCCGUUGCAGCAGCAAGGAGGCGCUGAACAAUCUGGCAUACAGCUCGCUCAACGGCUCUCCCAAGUCCGUCUACAGUUUAGACAGUGACUCGUACAUUGCCAAAUCAUCGUCGUUGCCAGGCUACGGCAAGAAUGGACUGAGGCAGCCUGGCAGUGCGGGUGCAGAUUAUUACCAGUAUGACAGCAGUAAUGCAGUUAAUUGGCAGAUCAGAGAAUACAAGAUCUACCCAUAUGAAGCCCUAAUAGUGUCAGUCAGAGGGAAGCAGCGUCUCCCGAGUGACGUGGACCGAGCCAGAUUGGAGCGUCACCUCUCCCCGGAGGAGUUCUUCAGAGUCUUUGGGAUGUCCAUGUCUGCCUUUGAUCAUCUUGCUCAGUGGAAGAAAAACGAACUGAAGAAGCAGGUCCGACUUUUCUGAGAAAAUGAAUCCAUAAGAACCAUUAACCCUAAUGCAGGACCAUCGUCAACCCUGUGUGCUCUGGAAAACAGUCUUCUGCCUGCUGACCCAGACAGUGGAACAAAAACUGAAUGACAUAAAAGUCUGUCCUCCCCUGAGGAAGCAAAAUUAGAACUGUUGGUCUCUUGAUCUUGUUUGCUCUUCUUAAGAAUUAUACAGCCAACUGGCCAACAGGGAAGGAAAAACUAAAAGGAGAGGAAGGAGAACUUGAAGGAAAUUAUAAAACCUUUGAGAGUCAGCAGAUGGGCCACACUGGAACUGCAUCAGACAGAACUUAACAAUGGAGAAAAUGUCUGUAUUUCCACUUCUCUGCCAGCAGAUGGAAGUGUGUUAACAGUGGCAUUCUCAUGACUGACCAGUUGGACUGUAAACUGAAUACUUCCUACUAUACUGAGGGUCUGCCACACUGCACCAAACGUUCCUCCAUGCUGAAAAUUAUGGAAACAGUUUAGAAAGUUGAUAUGCUGCUUGGAAGAUAAACUGGCAUAGUGUUGGAGAUGAAAAAAAUAUCCAGUUUCCUUCACAGAGACACUAUUGUCAGGCACUCAUAAACCAACGAGAAUAGUCUAGUUCUCAUUAGAUAUAGAUUUAAAUUUAGAGAGUUUUAUACUCGCCUAUGUUUGUUAAUUUGAUGUCAGAAUUUCUUAAAGCCAUAUCAGUGUUUAGAGUUUUUCUCUGACAGACUGUACAGUACACUGAAGUGGUGCUUGAAAUACGAUUCGAUGAUAAGGUUCAAUGUAAAUGAACUGUCAUUGAAAUCAGGUUUAGUACUGCACACUUUAAAAUUGGACAUCUAUAUUAAGCUUAUGUUAUUGGAAUAUGUCAGCUUUUUCCAAUUCAUACUGUACAUACAGCACUUGUGAGGCGGCUCAGAAUUUCAGCUGCUGGAUUACAAUUAAACCGGACUGGUGUGUGUGUGUGUGUGUGUGUGUGUGUGUGUGUGUGUGUGUGUGUGUGUGUGUGUGUGUGUGUGUGUGUGUGUGUGUGUGUGUGUGUGUGUGUGUGUGUGUGUGUGUGUGUGUGACUGUGUGUGUGUGUGUGUGUGUGUGUGUGUGUGUGUGUGAUUAAAGCAAAUGUGAAAUGGGGCUUUUAAUGGAGGAUUAAACAGACCCUCCAAUUAAGAGAAUAAAACAAUGCUCAAGUGGAGGAAGGAACAAAGGAGAGGUUAAGAAUGGAGAAAAGGAGGAACUAGGUAGGCAAGGAUUAUAUAGAGAAGAAAUACAAAGACAAAAAUAGAGAAAGAAAGUGUGUUUUAGCAGUUGACAGGUGUGAGAAGAGAAACUGAGCUGAAAUAGAUUCAAUAAGAGCAUAAUGUGUUGGAUAAAUUGUAAUUGAAUCUAAAAUAUGAGAUAAUGCUCUGAUACUGCAGGAACUGAAAUCAUGAAGUGUGUUUGUAUGUGGGAUUUUGUAAACAGGUCUUUAACACUAGGUUAAAGCACACUGUUUGGCACUGACAAUAAUAGUUUUCAAAGCCUGGGUCUGUCACUGCAACUGAAUAAACGAUUUUUAGCAUCACAA